UAGGGAGAGUUAGUAUGUGGUAUUGAUAAAAACAACACACUACAGUCUGGAAACCUCAUGUUAGGCCCUUCUGGAGAAAAGAUGAACAUGUUAUCAACACAGGAAAGCCAUUUCAAAUAUAAGUAAACACAUUCACUCAAUGUUUUCCCAGAAACAGUUAAAUACCAAACAGAUUUGUUUUUGUUGCAUUACUCAAUCAUCCACAUGUGUUUGUCUUUAGUGCCUGUAGAGAUUGGGUCUGUUGUGCAUUCCUUGCAUGCUCAGAUUCAGCAGAGCUCCGAGAGGGGGAUGGAAGGAAGAGGAGGGAGGAGUUAGUCUCAUAUAUAUGCGCGUAUAUGUCCGGCUGUGAGAGAACUCCCACAUUUUCCACCAGAAGCGAGAGGAGGUGAGAAGUGGACAGGGAGCAUUGCCUGCCCACACAUGAUGUGGCUGACUCUUCUUUACAGUUGCAGCGGUGGAGCAGCUCUUCUGUAUGCUCUGUACAGAUGGCUCAUUCCUGCAGCUGUGCAGUAUCAUGGAGGACUGGCACUCAUCUGGCAUGAUGUCAUUGUGGAGCGGAUGCUGGACACACUGACCCAGUCAACACGUCCCCAGCGGCUUCUGAAUGCAGUACAGAAGAAUGCCACCAGAGGGGACCCUCGCAGCGUUGUAAAAGCCAUCGACCAGUUCUGCAGACAGAAGGAGUGGGCCAUGAACGUGGGAGAUGAGAAAGGCUGCAUUCUUGACUCAGUGGUGUCCGAGGUAAAUCCGGGUGCUGUGCUGGAGUUAGGAACCUACUGUGGCUAUUCCACUGUGCGGAUCGCCAGCCUACUUCCCCCUAAUGCAAAGCUCAUCACCCUUGAAUUUAACCCAGACUUUGCUGCAAUUGCUCGUCAAGUCAUUGCUUGGGCGGGAUUAGAGGAAAAGGUCCAGUUAGUUGUUGGAGCAUCUGGUGACUGGAUCCCAAAAAUGAAGGAGCACUUUGGUUUGAACACAUUUGAUUUGGUUUUCCUGGAUCACUGGAAGGAUCGCUACCUUCCUGACACAAAACUGAUGGAGGAGUGCGGUCUCCUCAGGAAAGGAAGCAUCCUGCUGGCCGACAAUGUCAUCUGCCCGGGAGCUCCAGACUACCUGGAAUAUGUUCGCAGCAGUCCACAAUAUGAAAGCCAGUACUUCAAAUCUCACCUGGAGUAUACCAAAGUGGAGGAUGGCUUAGAGAAGUCUGUCUUCUUAGGGUAGUCACUGACAAAAAUCACAUGUUUUACACAGCAAUUAAUAAACCAGUAAUCUCUGAAGUCUCUGUUUUACUGAAUAUACUUUAACUGAGUCAAAACUGUUUUUCUAAUAGUAUGGGUUUACUUGAAAUAAAAAAUGUAAUGUGAAGGGGAAACAA